GCACACCACUGUACUCCAAACUCAAAACUCAUUAGUUUGGUUCGUUGCGUUUUUUCAUCUUCAUCGCUGAGAGCAGAGCGAAACCCAUUUGGAACGUUUGAUGGGUAAAUGGGAUCAUCGUCCGAGGUACUUCCGCCGUCGAAGAUCUCCGCUGCGUCCUCCCAUAUUUUACGACAUCAAUGCCCCUCUUCCUGAGUAUUGGAAGGAUGGAAUACCUCUGUGGGAGAAGAAAUACUGCACUAUAGUUGGAUUGGUACCGUGGCAGAAGAUUAUUGAUUCUAAGUUGUUGGUGUACUGCCACAAUAAUGUUUUUGAUUGGAAUGAUUCAGCCGCUGAAGAAGCAUUUCAAAAUGCCAAAAAACGUUACUGGGCAAAUAUCAACAGCAUUCCUUGUGAUAUUUCUCUGCCUGAUCCAGAUGCUUAUAUUGAUCAAAUAGAUUGGGACCCUCAUAUUGAUCCUGAACUGAUUAAGGAAAUAGAUAGUGCUUUCUUUUAUGUGCCUGAUGAAGAACAGGAAAAAAUCAUGAAAAACAAAAGAACAAAAACUUCAGAUAAUGGUGAAUAUCCUUGGGAAUGUACUGAUACACCUCAUAACAGAGCUUUAGAAAAUAAUAAAGUACAAGGAUGGGACCAGGGAAACUCUGGAAAUGUGGAUAAUACUGACAAUCCAUGGGAGUGUAACAUUACUCGUGGAAAGGGAGGAUUAACUAAAAAUGCUUGGGAAGAUGGUGUUCCUGUUGAUCCAUGGAGUUGGUAUGAAGGAAUGGACCAUGACAAUCAAUGUCAGGGUUGGAAUUCUGGAAACUUACAGAAGGAUGAUGGAUGGGGUAGGGGCAGCUCUUGGUGCCAGCAGCAGUCAAAUAAUUUGGCUAACAUUGGCAACUCUUGUUGGCAACGCCAUUCUAGUCAACAGAAUGUAACUUCAAAGAACACAGGAUGGAGAAACAGUGGAUCAAAUGUGUCAGGAUGGAAGCGACAGGAAAAGGCUGAUGUUUCAAGUGAUUUGCAAUUUAGAAGGAAUUAUGGAGGUUGGACUUUCCGGAAUCAGGGUAACCAGUGGAGGGAAGGCUCUCAUCGAAAUAAUUUAGGCUAUAAUGGCUCUCAAUUUCAAAGAAAUGGUCGUCAAACAGGUCAUUACUGGGGGAAGGAAAAAAGCAAAAAAAGGGAUUUUGUCCCUUGAUAGCCACUAGAACAUACUCCGACUUUUUUCCUUUUGUAGGCAACAAUUAUUUUUUGUUUAUACUGGUCUUUAUUGUUUUGCCCGAGUUUAACUGUUUGUCUGGAUUUUUGGAGGAAGCUGGUUUUGCUUUCAAUAGUAUAUGGUAUUUGCUUUAUCCUUGAGGUUU